GCGCGCGUGUGUGCGUGUGUGUAUACGUGUGUGUUUGCGCGCGCUCGGAGUGUGUGUGAUGCUGAUGCUGAUGUUCAGCCGUGACUCAUCAGCGCCGAGCUGAUUUAUCUACUGAGAGACAGUGUGUGUGUGUGUGUGUGUGUGUGAGAGCUCUGGGUUCUCGGGUUUAGGUUCGAGUUAUGUUCCGCCUGAAGAUAUCUUCUCAAAUCGGAGUCAUGAGUGCUCCAGGAUGCGCUCUGCUCCUGCUCCUGCUGCUCCAGUGCGGUUCCUCCUUGCCCAUGUCUCAGUCUCACCUGGAGCAUGAAGACGUCAAGGUGAUUAAGUGUAUUGUGGAGGUCCUGGCUGACAUUCUGAGCACACCUCAGUCUUUACCCGUUUCUCAACAAUGUCUGGAGACCCUCAGGACCGAUGACAGACUCGUCAGUGUGCUCCGUCACAGGAACUUCCUCCAGGAGCUGCAGGACAUCGCUGUAGAAGGACCCAAUGAGAGACCUGAAAUAGGAAUAGAGGAGCGUUCUGACCACGCCCAUGAUCUCCAGGAUCCUGCAGACCAGUCGAUGCUGAUGGCCGUCCUGACGCCGGGAGAAACACUGCAGGAGGGAGGAGCUGAGGAGGAGCAGGAGGGGGAGGAGGAGUCUCAGGAAAAUGACAUUAUCACCCACCCCACGAAGGGAAUACGAGUGGUGAUGAGGAAAGCAGGAAGCAGUGAGGAAGAGGAAGAGGAUGAAGAUCAGGACGGAGCAGCUGGAGCUCUAGAACACAAACAAGUGGAGAAGAAGAAGCAGGAGGAGCUUCAUGAGCAAGUGAAGGGGUCUGUGGAGAAGAAGGCGGCUGAUGUUGGAGCGCAGAAACCCUCUGGUCGUAGAAGAGAGCCGGACCAGCGCCAGGCUUUCAGCCAGCAGGCGGCACCACCUCACCACUCCAAGGAGGCGUGGCCGAGUCCUGAGGAGGAGGAGCUCCAGAUGAUGGCAGGAAGAAACCCCAAGGAGGGCAGAGACCCUGAGGAGGGCAGUGGCACUAAGAAAAAUGAGGACGCUGAGAUGGAGAGCUUGGCAGUGAUGGAGAACGAGUUGGAGAACAUGGCUCAGAAACUGCAUGGGCUGCGACAUGGCUGAAAAAAGCAGCAUUCUUCUUCACCUCCACCUUCACCUCCACCUCCAAAGGAACCUGAUGCUUUGAACCUGAUGUUCUUCUGUCUGAAACACACACAGUUCUCUGCAGUGUACACAAACACACACACAUACACAUGCUCGGGGCCUGAUCUGCUCCUGCUUCGCUUAGCUUCACCUCGUUCGCUUUCUAAAGAACAUGAGAAUAUCAAGCUCUAAUAAUAAUAAUAAUAAUAAUAAUAAUCAGUAAUGAGGAGUGUGUGUGUGUGUGUGUGUGUGUGUGUGUGUGUGUGUGUGUGUGUGUGUGUGUGUGUGUGUGUGUUUAAUAAUGCAAUAAUGUUUUUAAUAAAACAGGACUGGACUGUAAUGACAGGUGGGAAUUAUUUUAGAGAAAUAAAUACUGAGAGUUCUGGAGUGCA